AUGAAGCUCAUUCUUUCUAGUUCGAAUAUUAUGCAAGGGCGGCAGUCCGUGAUCCGCCAUCCGCUCCAGAAAUCCAACGUCGAGCUGAUCAACUCCUUGCGCUCGAACUUUCUUUCCUCGCAGCAGAUCGAAGCCGGACAAAUAAAUGGUAGCGGGAAGGCGCCUGCGUGGACACAACAAGGCGAGGACGGGCUCUACAUCCCCGCGAUCGAUUUCUCACAACCCGGACUGGCCGAGGAGCGGGACCAAUACGAUAUCACAGUCAAGCUAUUCUACCUGCCGGGAAUUCCGGUCUCACGACGAUGCGCGCACACUCGAGAGGCGAUUGAUUUGGUAUUGAAAGAGCUACAUGUGAAGUCCAUCGACCUAUUGAUCGUGUCCUUCCCGGGGAUUCUGUUCGACGCCGACGAUGACAGCGAGGAAGAGGACAAUGCAACCAAUGGGGAGGACGACUUUGACAGCAUGGUACAGACAUGGCGAGUGCUGGAGACACUUCACGAACAAGGCAUGAUUGCCCAGCUGGGCGUUGCGGAAUUCGGAUGCGACCGAUUGGCCCGACUACUGCAAUACACGCAAGUCAAGCCGUCAGUCGAUCAGAUCAACCUGAAGGACUGCUGCGUCGUUCCGAAGUCUCUGAUCCUUUAUGCGAAACAGGAGCAGAUUCAACUCCUCACUCAUAACGAUUGCCAUGAUAUCCUGCCUGUCGGCACAACGCGCGAACUGCUCGGCCCCGCGGAGAAAAGCGCCGGCAUUCUGGCUUCGUCCCCGGAUGCCAACGACGGUAUCAAGGGUGAUGUCGAGCCGCAGUGGGUUGUCAAGUACACGGCCGUUGUAAAGGAUCGUGGAGUGGUUGAAAACAAGGGAUAUUUCGCACUGGCCGAUGUUGGCACAUGUGUCAAGCAAUGA